CAUCGCUGUCCGCACUGGCCCGGCGCUCGCAAACACGCCGCGCUGCUCCUUAUAGGUGCGCCCCAAGCACAACUCCGUCUGCGGUCUUUGCCUCUCACCCUCCCACGCCCGCUCUGUUAAGUCGCCCGUCAUGGCCUCUCAGCCGACCACAUCGUCGACAGGGCUAUCCCUCUCUCACCUCCUCGACCGUCCUGCCUGGAACCUUCCUCAGUGGCAUGGUCCGCACGCCGACGAGUUGAACGGAGUGGUGGACAAGCUCGGAGACUUGGACUUCUCUCUUGCACUGCUGCAGAGAUACCGGAAUGCACUGCGCCCCGUACACCGGCUGGCGCCCGACAUACUCCUGCUCAUCUUCCAUGACAUUGCGGAGGAAGGGGACGGGCCCCUCCACCCAUCUUACGGCUCUGCACCAUGGGUAUACCUCGCCCACGUCUGUCACCGCUGGCGAGAGAUCGCGCUGACAUGUGCCGCUCUCUGGACGCGUCUUAGCACGAAAUACCCAGACGCUGCGCUGGCAUGUCUGGAACGGUCCGCAGACGCCCCGUUAUCCCUCAUAGUAUCCGCCUCAGCAACCACGGAGGCAGCAUCCCAGGUCAUAAAUGCUGCGAUGCCACAUGCCGCACGAAUACGCCACAUAUACCUCCCGUCCAUAUUCAUGGAGGACGCGGAUCUCCGUGAGCCGCUCGAGACCAUGCUACGAUCCCCCGCACCCUCGCUCGAGGCGCUGCACGUAUUUAAAGUCGGCAUGGACGGCGACUGUUUCGCAUUACCGACCAUGUUCGAUGGUCACACGCCCCGACUGACCACCCUCAGGCUGGUGUAUGCAUACCCUGAGCUGGGCAGCCUGACAUUCACCAACCUCAGACGGCUCUUCAUCAAGGGCAAGAAACGCAAACCCAUAACAAUGGAGGUCUCGCGGCUCCUUGAGAUCCUCGCGGCGUGCCCCGAGCUCGAAGAGCUCAGAACGUACAAGGCGACGUUCACGUCCUCGUCAGCGGCGGACUCCCUCCCCCCGCUACGACUCGACAACCUCCGCGUGCUCGAUAUCGCACGCUGCUCCGCGUCGGUCGUCGCGGACCUCUUCAGCCGGCUCGCGGUGCCCGACUGCGCGACGCGCUUCCACGUCUGGCUCGAGCGCGCGGCAGACUUCACGUUCCGCUUCGGCCUCCCGGACAACCUCGAGGAGACGGGGCACCUCCCAGGCAUCACGCGCCUGCACAUCGAGUACACGAGCGCGAACGACGUCGUCGCCAUCCACGGCACGACGCGCACGAGCCCGUUCCAGAUCGUCGCCGCGAUCCCGCAGGACAGCGACAUGGGCGAGAUGCCGACCGUCGCGGGCCACCUCCUGCUGAGCAUCGUGCGCACGCUCGACCUGUCCCUCCUGGAGGAGUUCACGAUCUCGGAGACGUACUACCACCGGGCGCACCUGGGCUUCACGCGGAGGCGGUGGAUCGAGGUGUUUGAGCGGAUGCCACUGCUGAAGGAGCUCCAUAUCCGCAUAGACAGCAUCAACGACGCGGGGUUCUCGAGGGCGAUCCUUGCGGCGUUAGCCACGCCGGGGGAGGUCACCGGGAGGCUGUUGUGCCCGAAUCUGGAGGUGCUGACCAUGACGAACGACAAGACGUGGUCAACCUUGCAGUGUUACCUUCUGGCACAGCAGCGAGCACAGCACGGCCAUCCAAUCAACCGAUUGUCGAUGCGCCUGCCGUGCUACGAGAACUUUGAGGACAUCGAGGACACAGACAUACCGGGACUGAGGAAAAUCAUCGAAGUCGUCGACCUGGAUCCUCCGCCGGUCAUGAAAGUCAGGUUCCCAGAGCUGUCCUGGUGAGGCCGUACCCGUUCGUUUCUUCGUUUGUAUGAUAGUUUGCAGUCCGGAUGCUUCUCUCCUUAAGUACUGAACGCAUAGCCCACCUCAGCCACACAUCACCCCCUCACUGCUCCCCUUAGCUGUAUCAUCUGUGCUGUAUCGAAGCCGGUCAUGUAGAUAGUAUGUUCUUGUAUAACAGUGAUGAAAACAUGCA